AUGACGCGUGCAAAGGCCGCCGCCCUGGACGUCGAUGUCCUGGCCCAACCCACAAAGCAGCCCCUCCAGUCCAAGAAAGCAGCUACCACCACCACAGCUGCCAAUGGCAGAAAACGCGCCGCACUCGGCGAUGUCACCAACGCAGGAAAAGUAGAGGUCGUUGAGGGCAAGAAGCCCCUAGCCACCAAGACCGGCCUUGUCUCCAAGGCUGCACAACCCACCGGCAUUCAGAAGCCCUCCGCCCGUUCCGCUUCAACAAGAACAGCUCUGGCCACCAAGGACGCGAAGAAGCCCGAAGCCAAGAGAGCCGGCUCAGGCUCAGGUGCUAUUGCCCCCACAUCUGCCAAGAGAAAGGCAGCUUCCGCCACAGUCAAGCAGGACACCAUCGUAGAAGAGGGCGAGCCCGUCCGCAAGAAGGUCCACACUCUGGAGAACGAGAACAUCCGAUCCAAGACCGUCAAGGUGGAGGAGGUACCAGAGAAGGUGUCGCGUGCCGACCCCGUGCAAGAAGAACCAGAAGCCAAACAUGUAUACCCAGAAGGUGUCAAGGACUUGGACAGUGAGGACCUGGACGACCCCUUGAUGGCCGCCGAGUAUGCCAAUGAGAUCUUCGACUACCUGCGCGACCUCGAGUGCGAUACCGUCCCCAACCCGGAAUAUAUGGCUCACCAAGACGACCUCGAGUGGAAGACACGAGGCAUCCUCAUCGACUGGUUGAUCGAGGUCCAUACCCGCUUCCACCUGCUGCCCGAGACCCUCUUUCUCGCUAUCAACGUGAUCGACCGCUUCUUGUCCGAAAAGGUGGUUCAGCUCGACCGCCUGCAGCUCGUCGGCAUCACUGCCAUGUUCGUCGCUUCAAAGUAUGAGGAGGUCUUGUCGCCUCACGUUGCCAACUUUGUACACGUCGCUGAUGACGGCUUCUCGGAACAAGAGAUCCUCAGCGCCGAGCGCUUUGUCCUGUCGACACUUGACUUCAACCUCAGCUACCCUAACCCCAUGAACUUCCUUCGCCGCAUCUCCAAGGCCGAUAACUAUGACAUCCAAUCGCGCACCAUUGGCAAGUACUUGAUGGAGAUCAGCCUGGUCGACCACCGCUUCAUGGCCUACCGCCCCAGUCACAUUGCCGCAGCUGCUAUGUACCUCUCACGCAUGAUUCUAGACCGCGGUGAAUGGGAUGAGACCUUGGCCUACUAUGCUGGUUACACGGAAGAGGAGAUCGAGCCUGUUUUCCUGCUCAUGGUCGACUACCUUGCUCGUCCUGUCAUUCACGAGGCAUUCUACAAGAAGUAUGCCAGUAAAAAGUUCUUGAAGGCGUCGCUGCUCACCCGGCAAUGGGCCAAGAGAGUUGCCCCUGAGUUGGGCAUCACUGACACCAAGCUGUCUCUGGAUGAGCUUGAGUCAUGA